AUGGCCUUUCAGGGGAAGAAGCUCAUCAACAACCCCGACGAUGUAGUGACGGAGUUCAUCGAGGGGCUGGUAGAAACUUACCCGGGCCUGCAGUACCUGGACGGGUUCCCUCAGAUUAAGGUCGUUCUUCGUGCUGAUGUCGAGCGUGGCGCCUAUGAUAAGGUUGCUGUCAUUUCAGGUGGUGGAAGUGGCCAUGAGCCUGCCCAUGCUGGAUUUGUUGGGCCAGGGAUGUUGACUGCUGCUGUUUCUGGAGAUGUUUUCGCUUCUCCACCUGUGGAUUCUAUUUUAGCUGCUAUUCGCGCUGUAACUGGUCCCAUGGGGUGCCUUCUGAUAGUAAAGAACUACACUGGUGAUAGACUUAAUUUUGGAUUAGCUGCUGAGCAGGCAAAAUCUGAAGGCUAUAAGAUGGAGAUGGUUAUUGUUGGAGAUGAUUGUGCCCUUCCCCCACCUAGAGGGAUAGCUGGUAGGAGAGGUUUAGCCGGAACAGUUCUUGUGCAUAAGGUUGCUGGGGCUGCAGCAGAUGCUGGUUUAUCUCUUGCAGAUGUUGCCGCAGAGGCAAAACAUGCAUCUGAGGUUGUUGGUACAAUGGGAGUUGCACUUUCUGUUUGCACAUUGCCUGGGCAAGUAACAUCGGAUCGUUUGGGUCCAAAGCAAAUGGAGCUUGGCCUUGGAAUUCAUGGGGAGCCUGGUGUUGCUGUUGUUGAGCUCCAGCCAGUUGAUGUAGUGGUUGAACAUGUUCUUAAGCAGAUACUGUCACAGGAAACUCAGUAUCUUCCUAUCACAAGGGGGAGCAAUGCUGUUCUCCUAAUCAAUGGAUUAGGAGCCACCCCUAUCAUGGAACUUAUGAUUGCAGCGAGAAAAGCAGUUCCUGAAUUACAAUUGGAGUAUGGAAUUGCUGUUGAUAGGGUCUACACUGGCACACUUAUGACAUCACUUGAUAUGGCUGGAUUAUCUAUUACCAUUAUGAAGUCUGAUGAAAACAUUUUGAAGAGGCUUGAUGCUCCCACUAAAGCUCCGGCUUGGCCUGUUGGUUCUGAAGGAAACCGCCCUCCAGCAAAAUUUCCUGUUCCUGUACCACCAUCACCAUCAAUGAAGGAUGACGAGCUUCUUGCUCAACCUCAGGAGUUGAGCAAGCAAGGGUGUAUCCUGGAGGCUGCUAUCGAAGCAAGUGCUAAAGAAAUUAUCAAUCUGAAGGACAGCCUGAAUGAAUGGGACAGUAAAGUGGGCGAUGGUGACUGUGGAGCCACAAUGUAUAGAGGAGCAACAGCUAUUCUUGAAGAUAUGAAAAAGCGUUACCCUAUGAAUGAUGCAGCUGGAACAAUAAAUGAAAUUGGGGCUACAAUCCGAAGGGUGAUGGGUGGAACAAGUGGAAUCUUGUAUGAUAUACUCUUCAAGGCUGCAUAUGCAAGCUUAAAACAGAGCAGAACUGUUACUGCAAAUGAAUGGGCUGAUGCUUUAGAGGCCUCUGUUGCUGCUGUUAGCAAAUAUGGUGGUGCCAGUGUAGGGUACCGCACAAUGUUGGAUGCCCUAAUUCCUGCUUCUACUGUGAUGAAACAGAGACUUAAGGCUGGGGAGGAUCCUGUGACUGCCUUCAUUGCAUCUUCUGAAGCAGCAUCAGCUGGUGCUGAAUCCACUAAACAGAUGCAAGCAAAGGCUGGCCGGUCGUCAUACAUUGCUCCAGACCUCCUGGCUUCAAUCCCUGAUCCAGGAGCAAUGGCUGCAGCUGCCUGGUACCGAGCCGCUGCUCUUGCAGUGAAGAACAAGCUGCACGGUUCAAAGAGCUAAUAGCGUAUGAUCUGCUUCAAUACCAUACUGACAGGAAAAUCGCUGGGGCAUUUUCUCACCCCCCCCCCCCACCACCACUUAGAUUUGGUUUCCGCUUGUGCUUUGCAUGAGCCGAGAAAGAGACUUCCAUAUUGUUUCACCCUGCUCACAUCUUACAAAGAGAUGGUCAAAGAGUCUGUAGACGUUACAAGUUAAGUGAAACCAUGCUUUUGCACUGCCCGUGAUA